ACUAUUUCUAUAUCAAACACCCCCACGGUUGGAUCCGAGACCUCAAAAUUGAAGAGCUCAGAAAAUUAUUUUACUUACGAAGAAACCAAAAAUCACUCGCCCGGAACAGAGUUUCACGGUCAUGGCUCUCAAUCUCCGUCAAAAGCAAACAGAAUGUAUUACCCGAAUGUUGAAUCUAAACCAACCCGUUAACGCAACGGGUACUGCAAACGAAGAGGUUUACAAGAUUUUAAUCUAUGAUAAGUUUUGCCAAAACAUCCUAUCACCAUUGAUACACGUCAAGGACCUUCGAAAACAUGGCGUGACCCUCUACUUUCUGAUUGAUAAGGAUCGAAAACCGGUCCACGACGUGCCCGCCGUGUAUUUUGUCCAACCCAGUCAAGCUAACAUUCAGCGGAUCAUGGCCGACACGUCCCGCUCGCUCUAUGAUAGCUUCCACCUCAAUUUCUCGUCCUCUAUUCCCCGCCCGCUGCUCGAGGAUCUUGCAUCUGGGACAUUGAGUUCGGAUUCGAUCCAUCGGAUUUCAAAGGUGCACGAUCAGUAUUUGGAGUUUGUGACAUUGGAGGAUGGUUUGUUUUCGUUGGCACAGAAGUCUACUUAUGUGCAAUUGAAUGAUCCGUCGGCUGGGGAUCGAGAGAUUGAGGAGAUUGUGGACAGGAUUGUCAAUGGAUUGUUUUGUAUUUUGGCUACGCUAGCUGUGGUGCCAAUAAUUAGGUGCCCUCGUGGUGGGCCGGCUGAGAUGGUUGCUUCUGCAUUGGAUCAGAGAUUGCGAGACCAUUUGUUGUCAAAGAACAAUUUGUUUACAGAAGGUGGGAGUUUCGUGAGCUCUUUUCAGCGGCCAAUUUUGUGUAUAUUUGAUAGGAAUUUCGAGUUAUCAGUAGGGAUACAGCAUGAUUUUAGGUAUCGGCCGCUUGUUCACGAUGUUCUUGGAUUGAGGCUGAAUAGAUUGAGUGUGCAGGGUGAAAAGGGUGGGAUGAGGUCGUAUGAGUUGGAUAGUUCGGACCCAUUCUGGGUGGCAAAUGGGUCGUUGGAAUUUCCUGAAGUUGCAGUGGAGAUUGAGACUCAAUUGAAUAAAUAUAAGAAAGAUGUUGAUGAGGUGAACAGGAGGACCGGUGGAACUGACGGGGCUGAGUUUGAUGAGACAGACUUGACGGGGAACACAAAGCAUUUGAUGAAUGCAGUGAACUCUUUGCCUGAGUUGACGGAGCGGAAGCAGGUGAUAGAUAAGCACACCAAUAUUGCCACUGUUUUGUUGGGUGAGAUCAAGGAGAGGUUGCUUGACUCUUAUGCGAAAAAGGAGAAUGACAUGCUGGUCAGAGGAAGCAUUGACCGGAAUGAGCUCCUUGGUGUGCUCAAAGGGAAAGGGAUGAAGAUGGAUAAGCUGCGGUUUGCUAUCAUGUAUCUGAUCUCUUCAGAAAGCAUUAAUCAGUCAGAAGUGGAAUCAGUGGAAGCAGCACUCAGGGAAUCCGAGGUUGAUACUAGUGCAUUUCAGUAUGUGAAAAAAUUGAAGUCGUUGAAUGCUUCAAUGGCAUCAGCAAGUUCAGCUAGCAGAAACAACAUAGUUGACUGGGCUGAGAAAAUCUAUGCUGUGACAGCAGGUGUGAAGAAUCUCUUGUCUAGUGAUAGGCAACUGGCAUUGACAAGGACGGUGGAACUCUUGAUGGAAGGGAAGCCAAAUCCUGAAAUUGAUGGUUGCCUUGUAUUUGAUCCUCGUUCUCCCAAGUCAAGUUCCGGUAGUAGUCAUUUGAGAGGACCAUUUAAGGAAGCCAUUGUGUUUAUGAUUGGUGGUGGUAACUAUGUUGAGUAUGGGAGCUUGCAAGAAUUUGCACAGCUUCAGCAGCCUGUCAAGCAUGUUAUAUAUGGAACAACAGAAAUUCUCACAGGAGCAGAGUUUGUUGAGCAGCUUGCGUUUCUAGGGCAUAAGAUGGGACUUGGAAGUAAUGUUGCCGCUUCAACUCAUUUUUGAUAAGUAAUAUAGAUUUUACUAAAAAAGCGUAAGGUGCUCCUAAAUACACAGGAAAUAUACAUAGGAACAACCAAAGCAGCCUACAACAAGAAAGAAAACCCACCAACCCUCUAAAACCCAAUCCCUCCAACCCAAAACCUUCGCGAGACCCCAACCCUACACCAUGUGCGCCUUGCAUUUCUUAAGCCGGGAGGACGCGCUAGAAUCACCGUAGUUGAUGGAACUUACCAGAUUCAAAACUUCCCUCCUACCUUUGGUCUUUGGACGCGCUGCCUUAACUCCCCGAUGGAAGUCCUCUUCAAUGGCUUUCAAAAUCACCAAGGACGGAUCCAGAUCCUCAUCACUAUCCAACUUCCAAUCCAAGGGCAAAUCUGGAGGUAAAACACCCAAAGGGUAAGGGGAGUUCAUUAAUAAAUACUUGUUUUAAAUGCUCUUCGAAGCUUGUUGUCUGGCAGUUUAUGCAUGGUAGAGGAGGCACUGUGGGAAGUUAAAGACACAAUAUGGGCAAUUGAAUAUAGAUUUGAAGCUGUAUAUCUAAGAACUGAUGCAGAGAUUGUUGGGGGAUACUUUUUUUUCUUGAUUCUGAGGCAUGCGUGCUGGUUUUCAAAUAGACUUGAACAACUGUCUUUGACAAUCUCUCCAAGUAUGCCUUUUUCAUUUUUCAUCAUAGUGAAUAGGUUUCAACCAUUGAAAAGCUACAUUUGUCUUUAUUAAAGUUUCUGUGGUUAGAAAAUUUUCUGUUUCCUUUGUUCUUCACUACUUGAAAACUAAACUUUUGAGAAUCAUAUGUUAAUUUGUUCCAUAUAUUAAUAUGAGUGCUAUUCUGAUGUUGAUUAA